GCUGUUCGUGGUCUUCGUCUGCCAAUCAAAACAGCCGAAGUGAACGGUUUCCGAAAUUUGAAAACGACCUGUACCUCGGUGGCUCCAGGAGGUGACACACGGGCUUGGACUGUAGUUAAAGGCAUAUAUUUUAACGCUAAACACAAUGGAACCGUUCACUGAAGAGGAUACUAAGAUGUAUUUUUACGAGAACAGACUGAAAACUUUCGCCGGGUGGCCUUUUGACGAGGACUGCAUGUGCACCCCGGAGAACAUGGCCAAAGCUGGCUUCAUUCACACCCCUUCAGAGAACAGCCCAGACAUCGCCAUGUGUUUCUUCUGCCUCAAAGAGCUGGAGGGCUGGGAGCCGGACGAUGAUCCAGAAAAGGAACACAAAUCUCAUUCACCAUCCUGCCACUACAUUACCCUGAAGAAGAAAGUAGAAGAGCUGACUGUGGAGGAAUUCUUCAAACUACAGAAGGAGAGGCACAAGUUUAUCAUUAACAAAUCCUGCAACGAGGCCGUCACCAAGUUUGAAGAAGCAGCCAAAUUGAGAAGAGCAGAUAUCAUCAAGACAGCCAUGGGAGAGGAGUGACACUGAAUGGCUGCAGAUGAAGGAAGUGGGCAGUGUGUGAGAGAUUUAUUGUAGCUAGCAAGUGACCGGUUCCUCGCUGAACUCCUCUCCAUGUUUCCUUCAUGUGCUUUCAUGUCGUUUUUUUGUAAUAUAUCUGUCAUUUUUUUUAUGUCUGUUUUCAUGUAAUCUAUUUUAAUUAAUUAAACUUGUUCUUUUUGGUUACCUUAUAUUGUAAGAUCAUUUUGGGAGAUGUGAUUAGGAGUGUAUUGUGAUUGAAAAUGUACUGUGUAACCUUUGGGGAAGUCUGAAAAUAUGUAUAAGAAGAGAAAGCUAUAUAAACCAUAA